GUGGAUUCUGUGUACCUAUGUACAUUAAAAUGUAUAAUUAACAGUUUGUGAAUGAAGGCUUUUAUUGAGAUGAAUCAACUUUUCCUAACUAAGCAUAAGUAGUUCGGUUUUACUGUGUUUAAUUAAUUCCACUCCCACAUAAUUCAACGUGAGUGAAGUUCAGUUAUCUUAUUGUUCUUCAGAGCGCUAUCGCGAUAAAAUACAGAAUUCGGUUAGCAAUGGUGAAAAUUCGAAUUUGAUGGGCGUGUCUUAGCGCCGUCUGUGGUCAGCGCGACUUGAGUUUUUACCUUUAAAAGCACCUGCGUGACGUCACGCGAACAAACACAACACAGGUACAACAAACAUGGCGCGCACGAAACAACAAAUCUUUGUUGUUCCGUUUGUGUUGUUGGUGUUUUGUGACUUAAGUGAUUUUGUUGGUGGUCAACAGAACGGACAGUACACCCAGUACAAUCAGUAUGGAUAUGAAGCGAAUAGACAGAACCCUUAUAAUGCAUACGGGCCUGUGAACAGACCUGAAGUACCCGACCCAGGGGACAGAAACUACAGAACGUAUACGUACAAAGGGCGGCGGUAUGGGCAACACAAUAAUUACUACUAUGGCCAAUGGAGCCCUGGGAAUCCCAUUCACGGGCAGGACGAAAAGUUUUAUUACGACAGGCAAGGGCAUUCGGACCCUAUUCUUCCAGGGGUGUUGGGAGGCUGGAGGGAAGACUUGCAGGGUAAAAGGCGAGAACAGACCAGGGAGAAAAAGAGAGAUAUAUUCGUGAAAACCACGCACGGAGAUGUGCAGGGUUUUCAGGUGUACUUAUUUGACAAUCCUGAUCCAGAAUCCCUCUACAGGCCCGGAAGGGAGUUUAUUGAGAGGGAGCAAGGAGUCUCGUCGGUAUUUUUAGGGAUACCCUAUGCGCAACCCCCAGUGAAUGAAGGCAGAUUCAAGCCCCCGCGUUUGCCGAAAAGUUGGCAACUCCUGCAGGCUGUAGAUUUUGGUCCAGCCUGCCCUCAACCCCCAAGAUAUGUAGGAGUAAAGGCAGGCGUCAGAGAUAUGGAUGAAGAUUGUCUAUAUUUAAAUAUAUACGCACCAAAUAUGGAAGAAGGUAUAGCCCAAAAAUACCCUAUAAUGUUCUACAUUCACGGUGGCGAUUAUAUCUAUGGUGCCUCAAAUACCUUUCCAGGCCACAUUUUAGCCACUUUCUAUAAAGUGGUUGUAGUGACAAUUAACUAUCGGCUAGGAGCUUUAGGAUUCUUAAGUACCGGCGAUAUAAAUUCCCCUGGAAACUACGGUAUCCUGGAUCAAGCCAUGGCUUUACGCUGGAUCUACGACAACGCGGAAAAUUUCAAUGGUGACCGUAACAGUAUAACCGUGUUCGGUCCAGGCGCAGGCGCGGCCUCUGCAGGUUUACUUAUGGUAGCCUCACAAACAAAAGACAUGGUUUCCAAGGUGAUAGCCCAAAGUGGAUCGGCGGUAGCCGAUUGGGCUAUGAUAUUCGAUAAGUACAGAGCCCAGAAUACCAGUAGAGUGUUUGGAAAACAAAUGGGCUGUAGCAUAGAUUCAUCAUGGAAGUUGGUGAAUUGUUUAAAAGGAAGAAGUGCGUAUGAAAUUGGUAAUGCGGAAUUUCCACCGGAUGUAGGGUUAUUCCCAUGGGCUCCCGUUACGGAAAUGAAUGUUUCCAUGCCGUUUUAUGAAGGAUGGUAUGAGAUGGACUGGCACUUCAUCAAUGGGAGUGUGGAGGAUUUGAUUAGGAAAAGGCAUUUUAACUCUGGGUUGAGGUAUAUGUCAAGUGUCACAUUACAAGAGGCCGCUUCAUUUAUAACUUCAAAUCAGUCCCUGGCACCAAAUUACAUAGUAAACCAGGAUUUCUUCGAUCAAAAAGUCAAAGAAUUAGUACUAAGGUACAACUACACCUUAAAUCCAAACGGGAUUUUUGACGCUAUUAAAUACAUGUACACCUAUUGGCCUGAUCCACAUAAUGUUACCCACAUAAGAAACAAAUACAUUGAGCUCUUAUCAGACUUUUUAUACACAGCUCCAAACGAUAAAAUUGUUAAACUACUAAUAGAACAAAAUGUCCCUGUGUAUAUGUACGUAUUAAACACUACAGUAGAAUCCUACCGUUACCCAGAAUGGAGAAAAGUACCCCACAACAUAGAACACUACCUCUUAUCUGGAGCCCCGUUUAUGGACCUAGAAUUUUUACCUACGAACGAGAGGUUUACUAGAACACAGUGGACUAGAAACGAUAGAAACAUAAGCCAUUUCUUUAUGAAGGCCUACUCUGAUUUUGCUAGAUAUGGAAAUCCUUCAUACACACAAAUUUUGGGGUUGCAUUUUGAGGUUUCAGAACAUGGACAGUUAAAAUAUUUGAAUUUAAACACCACCUUUAAUUCCUCUAUUAUGUGGAACUACAGGCAAACCGAAACAGCGUUUUGGACACAAUAUUUGCCAACUGUUGUGGGGCAUUUAAUACCUACAUACCCUCCAACCACAGAGUUUUGGUGGGAGCCAACUACACCCCUACAAGUAGCUUUUUGGAGUAUGUCAGGGGCCUGCCUAUUACUAAUAGUACUGUUAGUAGUGGCCUGUAUGUUGUGGAGGAACGCUAAAAGAACAUCCGACUACAACCAACAAGUCUUUAUGGGCGACAUGGAUAAUGAGGAGGGCAUCGAAAACCAUCGCCUCGAUCACGAAUUCGUCGAAAAACUGCACCCAAGAUCGGACAGCGCCUCCUCAUUUCAAAGCAUGUCCCUUAAAGAGCACUUCAUGAGCAACAGCCCCAGCGGGGAGCCCCACAGAAGGGGCACGCCGGUCAUGAUGCCGAGAAACAAAAGCCGUUCUACUAGUGCUCAGGGUGUACCACAAACUGACGUGUAAUUUAUUUUUGUAUUAAACUUUUACAUUUUGGGAUCAAAUCAAUUGCAUACUAGUCACUUUGACGAUAUUUUUAUAGCAUAACCAGGGACAAGGAGUUAAUAUUUUAUUUUGGUAAAAAGUUUACUAAAAGCGAAAGUGAGUU